GCCCGGCCCCCGGCACACGGCCACGCCCAGCCUGCCCGUGGAGGGAGCUGGCCUUCCCCGUGACCAGAAGUGGGGGAAAGGGGGACCCAGGUCGGGGCCCUGGGGGACCCAGUGAUGACCAGCUGUCAGGCUUGCUGGAAGUGACGGGGCCUGGGGAGCACGGCAUGGCGCAGGUGAAUGGAGUCCCUCGUCCCGGAGCCGCCCCAGGCCAGCCCUGCAUCUUCAAGCUGGUUCUCCUGGGCAGUGGCUCUGUGGGCAAGUCCAGCUUGGCUCUCCGGUAUGUGAAGAACGACUUCAAGAGUAUCCUGCCGACCGUGGGAUGUGCAUUCUUCACCAAGGUGGUGGACCUGGGGGCCGCGUGUCUGAAGUUUGAGAUCUGGGACACGGCUGGUCAGGAGAAGUACCACAGCGUCUGCCGCCUCUACUUCAGGGGCGCCAACGCUGCGCUUUUGGUGUAUGACAUCACCAGGAAGGAUUCCUUCUGCAAAGCGCAGCAGUGGCUGAAGGACCUGGAGGAGGAGUUCCACCCUGGAGAGGUUGUGGUGAUGCUGGUCGGCAACAAGACAGACCUGGAAGAGGAGCGGGAGGUGACCUUUGAGGAAGGGAAGGAGUUUGCAGAGAGCAAGGGGCUGCUGUUCAUGGAAACCUCGGCCAAACAGAACUACCAGGUGGCCGAUGUCUUCAAUGCUGUCGCCCGGGAGCUUUCGCGGAGAGAAGAGAGCAAGGAGGGCCAGAGGCAGCGGAGAGACGCUCCGCUGACCCUGAGCGAGCGGCCCUCGUGGCGGGGCCGAUGCUGCGCCCACUAGAAGUGGCCGCUCCGGGGGCAGCCGCGGGGAGCGGGUACUCCCAGCCCGCGCCCCGGCGGUCCUCCGAGCGAGCUACGGCCAGCUCCGUGGUGACGGCGGUGCUGACCCCGGUCCACCGUCGAGCCCGGCGCGUGCUUGAGUCCUCGAGGUGCAGGAAGCCGGCAUUCCUUAGAAUAAUCGCCUCCCUACCCACUCCAGUGUUCUUGCCUGGAGAAUCCCAGGGACGGGGAAGCCUGGUGGGCUGCCGUCUAUGGGGUCGCACAGAGUUGGACAUGACUGAAGCGACUUAGCAGCAGCAGCAGCAGCAAGCUCGUGGGAACCCUUUGGGAGACGUUUGUGUGUCCAGGGGCCUCCAGAGGGUGGGGGCUCCACGUCCCCAGAUGUCAGAUUCCGCCUAAAUCCCGGAUGUCCUGGGGGUGGGCACGCCUGACCCUGCCUGGAGGUGCCCCCCUCAGCUGCCUGGCCACCAGGCACCGAAGGAGGGGAAAUCAGCCGGCAGGCACUUGGUUCUGGGCAGGAAGCUGCCCGGGGUGGGUUGGGGGGUUUCACCUGCUCCCGGGACGGGGGAGAGGGGUCAGCAAGCCCCGCUGGAGUGGACCACGUUGUCCCUGGACCUCUGUGAGGGUCCCUGAGGGGGGCACCUGGGGGCGGGGCGGGGCCCCACAGUCCACUUCUCGGGGUGACUAUGAGGACAAGACGCUUGGGCCCAUAGGCUUGAGGACUCGGAUUUCGAGCGGAGGGAUACCUUGUUCUGCUCCAGUGAGUUUUUCUCCUAAAAGUAAACCCCUUUCUCGCACGUGGUCUCUGGUGAGUUUGUGGGGGGGGGGGGGGGUUGUUACGCACGUCCCCCGAGGGCCCCCAGGCGGGGUGGCGGUGGCAGCGGUGGGCACAGGGCAUCUUUCGGGCGGAGACACGUCUCGGGCUCGCCUGGUUCCUCCUUUUAGAGAGGCCCCCCACGGCCCUUCUGGGAGGUGAGCCAGCGGCCACAUGAAGGUAGUUUAAAGGCGGCUGCUUGAGGGGGAGGUGGUGAUGCCGGUUCCCCCUCUGAGACUGUGAUAAGCAGGUGUGAAAUUUUAAAUAAGAUGCCACUGUCAUCCUCCCCCCACCCCCCGCAAAAGUGGCUUCACUUUGUCAACUGUAAGGAUUAACAGAAGGACAAACGUAAAGCGGCCUCCCUGUUGAUGCCGAGCCCCUUGACGUCCCCCAAACGCGUGUUUCUUUCCUAGACAAUUUCUGGGUGAAACCUGGCGGCUUACUGCUGUGAGCCCUGCAGAUUCUGGCUGCAGUGAAGUGUCUUAUACGGCCGUUCCCUUGAAGAUGGAGCGUGUGGGACACGAGCCCUUGCUGGGUCAGACCGUUUCCUGUGCGCUGUCUCCUCACUCAGGGCAGCAGGGCAGGGUGGCUUAGUCGCUAUGUCCUGUCCGACUCUGGGGACCCGGUGGACUGUAGCCCACCAGGCUCCUCUGUUUCUGGGAUUUCCCAGGCAAGAACACAGGAGGGGGUUGCCAUUUCCUUCUCCAGGGGAUCCUCCCCAUUCAGGGAUUAAACCGGGGUCUCAUGCGCUGCAGGUAGUCUCCUGCAUUGCAGGCGGACGCUUUGCUGACCGAGCCACCAGGGAAGCCGGCUGGGCUGGGACUCCCCCAGCAAAGGAGGAGACCACUUUGGAGGUGGCGGGAGGCUGAGGUUGCCUCUGGCCACUAGAUGGCACUCCAGCCUCGCUGAAGCAAACCCCACUGCUCCAGGUCCGGAGAGUUGCUUUGCUGAACGAUAGAUGUCUUUCAGAGGAGUAUCGACCCAUCCAUGAUGAAAUAGGAAGUGGAGAGAUCAUGCUAGCAGUAGGAUGCCUAUAUAUGUGAUUGCUUUCCUCCUGUUUUCUCAGGCCAGAAUUUAUUAUUAAAGCAUAUUCUUUGACUCA